GUCUAAGACAAAACAUACAUCCUAGCUCCAAGCAGAUCAGAAAAUAAAAGCAAACAAUCAAGAAUGGCUAGUAGCAAAGUUGGUGUCCUCACUUUCCUUCUUCUAUGUGUUUUUUUAGUGGGAAGCAAUUAUGUGGAAGCUCAGAUUUGUCCACAAUUUUGUGAGCCAAAUGUGGAUUACAUGACUUGUUCCUCUUCAGGAAGCACAAUACUUCGUCCAACAUGUAUCAAUUGUUGUCAAGCAACAGCAAGGGGAUGUCAACUUUUCCGUAGAGAUGGCUCUGCAAUAUGUAACUAAUAAAUUAUCUUUGUGAUUUAUCAAAGGGGAUAUAUAUUACUAAAAUUUCCAAUAAAUUAUGAUCUUAUAUAUAUAUAUAUGUAAAACAAAUUCUGAGUUUAUACUUUACUCAGAUGACCUAUAUUACAUAUAAUAAUGGAUUUUAGUGCUUGUAUAAGCAUUUGUUUUUUGAGUUG